GAGUAAGAGAAAAAUAAAAUAAUAGAUGAUUCGAAGGAGAAGGGAGUGUUCUUGAUUUUUGUUGAAAAUUAUAAAUUUUUUAUGUUUGCAGAUUGUAUUUAAACGUUACAGUUAUUUUCUUAAAUUUUAUUUAAAAUUUAUUAUUUAAUAUCAGUUUUUGUCAUAAUUAAGCUCAAAGAUCUGUAGUUCUGAAAAGAGCAAUUUUUUGCGCUCUCUAACAGCCCUUUGGGCGGUCGUGUAAACCCCGUAGUCUAGAACAUCACGUUGUACCGCUCUCUCGAAAAGCCGCAAGUUGAAAUCGAUCUGCGAAUGGAUGUCCGAGCUUUGCACUCUUUGAGUAUGAGUUUCACUGUAUAAGAAAUUCAGAGAAUGAUUUUAACAUGGGACGGAAGUAACUUGCCUUCCACCCAAAGAAUGACCUUUCUAAAUUUUGUAAUGAAUGGCUGAGAGAGAUGGAGGUGUUCCUAAUCAAAAACGUUUAAUGGAUCAUUCAGAAAAUGUGGACUUCGCAGAAAAAUCUGAUGAAUUCAAAAAAUUAUGUGAAUAUGGUCUUAAUCCAAAAGUUGUGAUUAAAUUGGAAGAAAUUUUUAAAACAGGUAAAUUAUGCUACAAUGAUUUGGACGAACGAGCUUUGGAUGCAAUUAAAGAAUUUCCAGUAGAUGGUGCUUUCACUGUUCUUAAGCAAUUCCUUGAUAGCAGCUUAGAACACGUUUCUAAUAAAAGUGCGUUUCUGUGUGGUGUUAUGAAAACUUAUCGUCAAAAAAUGAAAGUUCCUUCAAAUACUAGUACUGGGGCUACCAAGGGGCCAGAUGAGGAGAAAAUUAAGGCUAUUUUAGACAGAACUGGGUAUACACUUGAUGUAACUACUGGACAAAGAAAAUAUGGUGGACCACCUCCAAAUUGGACUGGGUCACCUCCAGGAAGUGGAUGUGAAAUUUUUGUAGGUAAAAUUCCAAAGGAUAUAUUUGAAGACGAGCUUAUUCCUCUUUUUGAAAAAUGUGGUCCUCUUUGGGAUUUACGAUUAAUGAUGGAUCCACUGACUGGACAAAAUCGGGGUUAUGCAUUUAUUACUUUCAAAAAUAAAUCAGGAGCUCAAAAUGCUGUGAAGCAGCUGGAUAAUCAUGAAAUCAGAAAAGGAAAAUUCAUUGGCGUGACAGUGUCAAUAAAUAAUCACAGGUUAUUUGUUGGGAACAUUCCAAAAAAUAGAGGAAAGGACGAACUUUUUGAAGAAUUUACUAAGCACGCCCCUGGACUCACAGAAGUCAUUAUUUAUAGUUCACCUGAUGAUAAGAAAAAAAAUAGAGGCUUCUGCUUUCUGGAAUAUGAUUCACAUAAAGCUGCUUCUCUAGCUAAGAGAAGAUUAAGUACAGGACGCAUAAAGGUCUGGGGAUGUGAUAUCAUUGUUGACUGGGCCGAUCCUCAAGAAGAACCUGAUGAAGAAACGAUGUCAAAAGUUAAGGUGUUAUAUGCUCGAAAUUUAACCACAGAUGUUUCAGAAGAGAAAUUAAAGGAAAUGUUUGAAUCAUAUGGAAAAGUUGAAAGAGUUAAAAAAAUUAAAGAUUAUGCAUUUAUUCAUUUUGAUGAUCGGGACCAUGCCAUCAAAGCCAUGAAUUCUCUGAAUGGGAAAGAAAUAGGUGGAGCUCCUAUGCAAGUUUCUUUAGCCAAACCGCCCUCUGAUAAGAAAAAGAAGGAAGAGAUAUUGCGAAACCGCGAAAGACGUAUGAUGCAGAUGAUGCAACAGCGAGCUAUGAUGAUGGGUAUCCCUCCUCCUCCACCGCGUGGUAGAGGAGCUAGGUUACCAUUACCAUCCACUCGCAAUUACGAUUAUGACUACGACUACUACGGGUAUGGUGACUAUCAGGGAGGCUACGCCGCCGACCCCUACUAUGAUGAUUAUUACGGUGGCCGCUAUGAUGACUAUUAUGACUAUGGAUAUGGAGCUGCACCCCGUCCCAGGGAACCCGUCGGUCGAGCCCGAGCUGGACCAGAGAGGGCUCGUGCUGGCCGUGGUAUUCCCCGUGGCCGCGCCACUGGUCCCCCAACUCCUCGUGGCAGGGUUCCAGUCCCACCACCCCUAGGCAGAGGUACCCGUGGAGUAUCCCGUGGAAUACCUCCUGGUCCCAUCCCGGUUCACCUUCAUGGAGCCAUCCCCAGGGGAAACCUAGUAGGUAAGCCAGGACGGAAGUUCGACACACCUAGCCAUCAAAACCAAGGGGACUCAAAACGUCGCUUCCAAAACGCUGGAACUGGGCAAUGGGGAAGUCAUCCUAUACCCCAGCAACCACUGAAUUCCACUGGAUACAAUGGCUACCGUAAUCGGACACCGGGGAAUCCCACACACUGGUACCAAGACUCUUAUGGCCAACAGUGGGGCUAGUUAACUCAUCAUAAACUCAAUACUGUUUUUUUAUACUUGAACUAGUUUUUCUGAAGCCAAACUUUUUUUCAUUCGAAGAGGAAGUGUCCUUGUUUUCGAAGGGAGCAACAAUCUUCCUAAUACAUGUUAUAUGAUGGUACUACAGCUUUUGAUGUGUUUUGGCUGUUAUUUCCUGCCCAAGGCCUAUUCUAAUUUGUGAUUUGAAAAGAAAAGGAAGAUAAAAAGCAAUUGUUAUAAAUUUAGAAAAUUUGGUAUGAUGAAUUAGUAACUAGGUAUACUUUGCAUGAAGACUUAUAUACUGCUUUUAUCUGUGGGCUCUUCUACAUACAUCAUGUUUACUUGUUGACUCAUUGAAAGAUUGUUCUUAUGAAGGUUUCAUUGCCAGAGUAAGAGUUGUUAAGUUUUUGAAAGUAUGCUAUUCUUUUUUUUAAAGAAUUUUUGAAUGAUUUACAUAUUACUUUAUACUUUUUUUAUUGUUUAAUCUAAAUUGUAGUAGUGAACUAUGACAGUCCCUAUGUUUAUAUCAUUUUUGUUCUCUCUUACUUUUUUUAGCAUUUGAGAAUGUGUGCUUCAGUGUUUUUUUUAAUGCUAAAUAAUUAUUUCAAACUUCUCCUAAUUUGCAUAACGAGAGGGGUUUAUUUUUUGAGGGUGUGAUAUAAUUGGUUCUUACAAGGUAAACCAGCAUCACUGCCAGCUACUGUGAUAGUUUAUUUGGAGUAUGUUAGGUACCAGAAUGAACUCGAGUCCAAAAUUUUAUUUAAUGAAUACUUUCUUUUAUCUGUAUAAAGAGUACUAUUUAACUUUAAAGACUGAAAAUGUAUUUUUUCCGUUGACAAAGAGUAUUAGUGACUCAGUCUAUAUCAAUGAUCCCCUUUGCUAAUAUUAAAUUAAUGUUUCCUAUCUAUCCAGAGGUCUAUAAAAAAAAAUAUGUGCCAUUUUCUGAGGUUUUAAGGUCUUUAAAAGCACAUAAGCGGAACAACAGGCUAGUUGUAUAAAUUUAAAGUUUUAUUUCAACAUUUUUUUUUCCAGAUUUGAAUUUAAAAUUACUGUUAUUGUUUAAAAGAAACUAAAGAAAUUUAAAAAGUAUUUUGUAACUGAAGCAACCAUUUUCACUAUAUUAGAUAACUCACAUUGUACAUUCUAGUUACAAAUUUGUUAAAUCUGUGCUAAAAUUUAGCCUAAAUACUUUGAAAGUUUUUCCAACUCCUUUUUGAAAGUGUUGGAAACUUUUAAAAUAGAGGGAAGAAAAGAUUUAAAAUGAUGAUAUAUUUUAUGCUGCAUUAUUUAUAUGGUUAUACAUAGUUAUUUCUAAACAAACUUGUUUUUAUCUUAAAAUAUAUUAAUAAAAUUAAAUUUUUAGAAAGGAUUAGCAUAAAAAUAGAAGACUGUUAAAUUUUGUUGAAAUGUUCAGUAUCUAUAUUUAAAAUAUUUCUUGUAUCUAAUUUUUCUUUUAACUGCCUGAAAUAACGGAAAAUAAUGAAAUCUUGUCCUAAGAAAUUUCUUGCUGGGAAUUUUUAAAAUUUAUCUUAAUUCAAAUUCAUGUUAAAGCAGUAAAAUCUUGAAUUGAUUUAAUUAUUUGUUCUUAAAAUUUAAAGGAAAAAAAAUUACCAUUUUUAAAGUUUUGUGGUAAAGACUGCACAAAGUUAUAUAAUUACUAAUUGAUUGUAGUUUGCAAACACAGUAUUAAACCAGUUGAGGAAAUCGAAAAUUUUUCUUGUUUUAACUAUAAAUAAAGCAAUGUAAAUAAUUCAUCAUUUUUCGCGUUUGGAGUUUUUUCUUUAUUGCUUUUUUAAUACUUUAUUAUUACAAUUAUUUUUGUUGAAUUUUAUAACCACAGUUUAUUUAUCUUCUAUAAGUGUUAGAAAAAAAUGAGAAAAAUAAUCAUGCAAGGUGUUAGGGAAAUCGCUUUAAAAGACAAUUUUUAUUAAUUAAUCCCGAGUGUCAAUGAGCUGUUGAUUUGUUUUAAAUCUCAUUAUUUCUAGUUUGACAACAAAAAAAGGAUAUAAUUGGGAAAUUUCCCAUGUGUGUAUAUCUUCUUUGCUUUCACAAAUUCAUUGUAUAUGUGUAAAGAAUUUAUUUGCAAUUAUAUAUGAAUUGUUUGGGGAGUAGUUGUUAGUGUAUAAAUAUGAAUUUUUAAAAUUUGUGAAUUUUAGAAGUAGUGUUGAUGUUAGUGUUAUUAAUUCCCGGUUCCAAUCAUUGGUGUUUUUUUAUAUAGUUGUCAUUGUUGAAAAGAUAAUCUUUAUUUGUAAAUGAAUUGAUCUGCAUUGUGUUAUUUACUCCCAUUGUUAUUGAAAUUUAUGGUACAUUAUUUCAUAUUUCUGGUGAUUUAGAGUUUUACAACUCACACUCAUAUAGUAUUUAACAAUAAUGUUUAAUGAAAACACAUUUUGCAUUCAAAAUCGAGAUGUGCAUUGAUUUAUUUUUCAUGUGUAGUAGUUUAGUAGUUGUGGUAAUUAAAAAAUGGUGUCAAAACAUAAUUAAUGCAUUUUUCUGUGCAUGUUAUAGAAGCUUUCAAAUUAUGAAGAGCUCAUUAGGAAUAAAAAUUUCCUAUAAAGAACAUUACUAAUUGAUACAAAUAACUUGCAAUAUUACUGAAUAUUGCUCCUUUCUCAGUGCAGCUGUGACGAUAUAAUGAAAAAUUUUGUGACCAACUUACUCUAUUAUGACAAAAAAAUAAUGGAAAUUCUCUUUUAAGAAAAUGACAAAAUGAAGCUAUAGACUAUUUCAGCUCUAUAUUUAAUCAUUUAUAUAAUGAACCAUACAUAAAGUAUAACCAAAGAGUCUUCCUAAAAAGGCCCAUCACAGAGUACAUCUGUGUGCACAGAUUAUAAAAACACCGGUGGCUUUUGAUACCUAAUUUGUCUUUUUAAAAAACAGGUGGAGCAACAUUAGAUAUUGAAAACAAAGCGGACUGAUUCGGAAUAUAACGACAUUGAUUCUUAACCUUUUUUUCUUUCUUUUUUUUAGAACAAUAUAAACUUUUUAAUUCUUAAUAUUUAUAUUUACAAAUGUUAUAGAAUUUUAUUUUAUUAAACAAAUUCUAUAUAAGGCUAGUCAACAAAAUUAAACCCCUUUGUCAGUUCUUAAACAUUUUAAAAUGUAUUUGCUUUUGCUUCGAGGAAUAUAAUUUGGUUUGAACACAAUUUAAGCCAAUUGGCUAGUGUGUUAAUUUAAUCUGGCUGCAUGUAAUCCCACAUUAGUAUUGUGAUAAUUACAUUUCUUGAAAUUUAUUAAAAUUUAUAUAGCAUUGUGUACUUAUCCUCAUAAAUCUCAAUGCCAAAAUUCAAGAUAACAAUUUAUAAGUUUGAAUGUAUAAAUUUGUCACAUAUAAUGUGAAUAAGUACUUUUAUUUGGAGUUUUGAUAUAUACUAUACUAUAUCAUUAAAUUUUUGAAAGUUUUUCAUUCUUUAUAAUGCAAAUUUUUGUAAUAAUUCGAAUAAAUUAACCUUACCAAUCAGCAUUAACUUAACUGUGUUUGAAUUCAUUACCCUGGGUUAAAAACAAAUAUAAUCUAAGAUCUUUAUCAACUGGCUAAUUGUUGACUAUUGUAAGUUUUUUUUUUUCUUCUAAUAACAGGGGAUUUGUAAAAAAAAAAUACUGUUUACUAUAAUUGGCAUAAACUUUGCUUGAAAAAUUAUCGGAUUUCUAUUAGAACUUUUCCUGAGCCAAUAACAAUUUGUAUAAGGAAGUUUUAUUGUCCACCAAUUUUAUAUCCGUGUAUAUUUAAUGAAAAAUUUGUGUAAGUAUAUUUAGUCACUUUUUUUAUAAACGAAGGAGUCAUCAUUAAUGGUGCAGUCAUUAGUAUUGAUUUUAUAACAUUUGUUGUAAAUUUUUGUCCAUAUUUUUUGGAUAAUUUGAUAUAUAUACAAGAUUUGUGACUUUCUAGCACUUACACAUUCAAAUAAAGACUGCAUAUCUUUUGUACUAUCCUGUAUUUGUUUUUUAUAUCUAAUAGUUAAAGAUUCGAAGAAGUUAAUGUUAAAGAUGAAAUCUUAUAAAAGUAUGAGAAGGAGAGAGAGAAAGAAAUUAAAAAGAGCGAUAUUUUAUUACCUAGUGUCAAAAAAGAAACAUUUUAAAGCAGCAAUUUUUUUCUGUGAUAUUCUAAUUGCAGAAAAUUUACUGGAUUGUUAUGGGCGGUGCAAUUUUUUUAUAAAUAUGCACUACACUUUUUUGUGAAAGGCAGCUGACUAAACUACAUUUCUGGCGACGUUUUUUUGUCGUCGCUUCCAUGUUGACAGACUUAUACAAGAUUGCAGGCAUGAUUUAUACUAAGCUUUAGGUUUGUGAAAAAAAAAUUGUUUUUUCUGCACAGGCACCAGAGACAAGCUGUUCUUAGUUUUGUCUGCACUUGUAAAAUUUCAAGUCAAUUGAUAAGGAUUAAUCUGCUUGAUCUAAUUACAAUUAAUCUUGAUUAUUUGAGACUGGUUUUGAAAAUGUUUAUCUGUAAUACAAAAAUCCUGGUGACAUCUAAGAAAUCUGAUGACAAAAUAAUAUUUAAAAAAAAAGCUUUUUUAAAUGCUGUGUAAUGGAAAAAUUUAACGACAGGACUUUACUCUGCUGUUUCCGUGUUCUUCAAGAUUUAAGUGACAUAGUCUUUUUCCCUCUUGUAUUGGACUGAAUUUUAUUGCAAGAGUUGAAAAAAAUUUUAAUGGAUGAAAUUUGAUGUAUGGAAAUACUGAAUUUGUGUUUUUUGGUGUUACUCAAAAUGAAAUGCAAAUUUGUUCUUGAUAAUUGGAGGAAAAGGUAUUUAAUAGUUGUGAAAUGGUAUUAAGGCAUGUGUAACAUUAAAGAAUGAAUUUCAAAUACAUUUUACUGUAUAAGUUAAUAACUUAAACUGUUGCUUCAUAAUAUAAGUCUCAGUCAAACCUUUUCCUCCAUAUAUAAAAAUGCAUCACAAGUGUUGCAAUCUGUGUUAAAAGAAUUUCUGGAAAUGUAGAAUUUUUGCUCUACUUGUGAUUAUAAUCUAUGGUUUGAUCGUUAAUCUCUUUGGCUUACGUAAAUUUUUGCUUAUUAAUGGUGGCAGUAUAUAUUGUUAGUUUUAAAAAUACUUGUUGUGUGAAUUUAAAAAUAGCCAAGAAAUCAACUCCCAUUUCAAGUUAAAUGUGUGGUUUAUGGUGUAAGAAAUUUUUAAACUAAAUCUUUGGAUUACUAGAAUUGGUGUAUGUUUUUUAUAAAUGCUUGUAUCUUGUAUGCAUGUGUAAGCUUAAUUUUAACUAAAAGGAAAUGCACUGAUAAGAAAAACUAGUUAUCAUUAGUAUACAUAUAUAUGGUGAAAUUGCCUGAUUAGGCACCAAUUUAUUUCUUGAUGUGCUUUGAAAAAUUUUUCCCAUGGUGUUUGUGCACUCCAAUAAUUGACACUAAUUAGUAGCUAUUUUUAACAAUUUUUUGCUCUGUUGGGAUUGACUUAUUUUAUUUAAAUUAAAUCAUCAUAUUAGUGCAAAAUGACUAAAUCAAAAAUUAAUCACAAGUAUUUUUUUUAUGAUCAAAAUGCUACAAUUGAAAUAAAAUAAAUUAAAGUCUUUUUGUAAUGAAUAUUUCUACACAGUAAAAGAAAAUUACUAUUGAAGAAUUUGAAAAUUACUAUUUUAUUAAAAAAAAAUAAUGUACUAAUGUGAUGAAAUUGCAGGUUGUUUUAUUAAACAAGCCACACUUGGCUGUGAUUUUUUUUAACCCUAAAGAAAAUUGUUACAAAGUUGGAAAAAAUUUUGAAUAAAACUACCUGUCCAAAAUAAAAGCAUUGCCUUUUUCAUAUUAGGAUGCAAUUUUAUGAGUAUUUGCUUUAUUUUCUUGCUUUUUUGUGCAAUCAAAUAUUUUUCUUACAAAUUUGUUAGAAAACAUCUUUGAUCGAAGAAUUUACGUUGUCUUUCAAAAAUGUUUUAAUCUGAUACUUCUUUUGCACUGUGGAAUGUUUUCACAUUUCCCUCUUUUUUUUUUCUUUCUCCCUUUUUAUAGUUUUCUAGUCCUGUGUUCGCCAGCUUUUUUCUAGUAGCUGUUGUAUUCUGGCAAUAUUUUGAAAAGCUAAUUGUUUUCUAAUAUUAAAAUUUGUUUUUAUUUAGCCGUGUUUGAUUUCCCCUGAUACUGGUGGCUAUGCUCUGAAUAAAAGAAAAAAAUUGUAAAACUUGCCUGGAAUAAAAACCAGCUUGAUUUUA